UUAUAGAGGUCUACAAAUGGCGUCAGGGGAGGGGGUGACCCGGAUGUAAAUGGCGCGCGUCACAGGGCGGGAGGACACAGGACAGGAGUCCCCCGCCCGGGACACGUGAUCGGGCUGGGACGCGGCGCGAUGGGGACCGCUCUGGACAUCAAGAUCAAACGGGCCAACAAGGUCUAUCUCUGCGGGGAAGUUCUUUCUGGAGUGGUGGUCAUAACAAGUAAGGAUGCAGUCCAACACCAGGGUGUCUCCUUAACGAUGGAAGGAUCAGUAAAUCUGCAGCUCAGUGCCAAAAGCGUUGGUGUGUUUGAAGCUUUCUAUAACUCUGUUAAGCCUAUUCAAGUUAUCAACAGUACCAUAGAAAUGGUAAAACCAGGAAAACUUCCCAGUGGCAAAACAGAAAUUCCUUUUGAGUUUCCAUUGCAUAUGAAGGGCAACAAAGUUCUAUAUGAGACAUAUCAUGGUGUGUUUGUCAAUAUUCAGUAUACCCUUCGGUGUGAUAUGCGACGUUCUCUACUGGCCAAGGACCUGACUAAGACUUGUGAAUUCAUUGUCCACUCACCACCUCAGAAAGGGAAGUUGAUGCCAAGCCCAGUGGACUUCACAAUUACACCUGAAACCUUACAGAAUGUUAAAGAGAGAGCCUCGCUCCCAAAAUUUUUCAUCAAAGGUCAUCUCAACUCGACUAACUGCAUCAUUACACAACCACUAACUGGGGAGUUGGUGGUGGAGAAUGCAGAAGCUGCAGUCAAAAGUAUUGAGCUACAGUUAGUACGUGUGGAAACUUGUGGUUGUGCUGAAGGUUAUGCUAGAGAUGCUACAGAGAUUCAAAAUAUUCAGAUUGCUGAUGGGGAUGUCUGCAGAAGCUUGUCUAUUCCAAUAUACAUGAUAUUCCCCAGGCUGUUCACCUGCCCUACACUGGAAACGACAAAUUUCAAAGUUGAGUUUGAAGUUAACAUUGUUGUCCUCCUGCAUGAUGAUCACCUCAUCACAGAAAAUUUCCCACUGAAGCUCUGCAGGGUGUGAAUAUCCACAGGAGAAUUGCUAAUGGAGGAACAAAGAAAUUCUUCAGCUACCAAAUGGAAAUUCAGUUCAUAUCUUCAAACUUAUUUUAAUUGAAGGACUAAAACUUUUGCUCAUCCCACUAUUGAUUUCUGUGUUGGAAGGGAGUGCAGUUCUCUGUAACUCUUACCAAACACGUUGUCUAUCUUCUGAUAUUAUUAGUGAAUGUGCUUUUCUGCUGAGAUUCCUGCCAGGUAUCUCUUUGAAUUCAACAGCCAUGCCUCCCUUUCUGUAUUUUUUUUCUUAAGAACCCUUAAGGGAUGUUUUUUGCACAUUCCUACCGUGCACAACACACAGUAAGUUUCUAUGAUUAAUUGAUAAUUUAACACUUGUGCUAACUCUUUAAAUGUUUCCUUUAUAAGGAUCCUUGUAUCUAAACAGCUAACAGGCCCUGCUAUGUAUUGGUCCUUGAAGGAGAGACUGAGAGAUUAGAUGUUUUCUAAGCCACCUCACCAUAUGGAUGCUGGGAGACCUAAUGUUCAGGAAAUGUUUUGAGACCUUUGAAUGGUGCUACGGAAUUGCACCACAGUUAUUGGAGCAGCAUCACACAAAGAAUAUGAAGUGAAAGGAAACUAAGUAUGUUUCAGUUAGAUUGGGAAACGAAUCCAUUAAUCAGGGGAACAACCUCAGAGUUAAAGCUUUUUAUUGUAACAAAGUUGAUACAACUAUCACACUCUAGUUAGCUUGGUCAGUUACUUGCAUAAGUUCUACUGCAGUGAGAGGACCAAACUGUCAAAAAGAGGUUCUAGUUUGCAGUUGUGCCAGACCUCUUGAUUAGCCAGUCCAUGUUAAUUUCUUUUUCCCCCUACUACUGAGUUCUUUACCUACAAUCUAGUUGUGGUGCAAAAAUGUGGGUACUUACUUUGCUCUUGUGGCAACAAAGGCAUCAGAUGAAAGCGGCUGUCAGUAUGCUUGGCUGCUACAUUGUAGACUCGCUCUUUCCUGUGCCUGACUUUAUUGCAAGGUAGAAUACUUUACUAAAGACUGCAUAAACAUAUUUAUGUUCUGGCCACCCCAAUUAACCUUUUGCCUGCAAUAUGGUAUUAUGUGGGUAAUUAUCUGAGCCGGUUACUAGCUGCUUCCCCUUUCAUUGGAAGGUUUAGUUGACAUUUGCUGAACAUGUCAAGAUGUAACUAUGGUAGGGGAAAUGUGCCAGGCGCAAAUGAAUUUUUAUUUAUUUAUUUAUUUUUUUACUAUUUGCUGAUUUAAAAAAAAAAGUGCAAUGGAAGGCUUUUCAGUUAGCACAUCUUUAUUGGGUAGACCUGCUUAAACUGCCACAGCAGGAACUAAACCAGGAGACUCUUGUUUUGGGGAGGUGGUGUAGGGUGGAAGAAUUGUGUUUUUGAUAAUGAAAGAAAAAGUAUGUAUAAAGGCAGAGUGUGCUUUUUCUGAAUGUACAUUUGCAAAUGAAACCAUCUGGGGAGGGGGAAGGAGGAAGAGGCACGGCAAAACAAAAUGAGCAGGUGCCUAAAACGUCAACUCAGUCUUGAAGUAAAGACACUUGACAAAACAUCUGAUUCUGGCUUUAUCCCUCCCUUCAUCCAACAGAAAAACACAAAGUUUUCCAGCUGGCUAUGCAGGCCUCUGGUGUGGCUAACGGCAAAAUCCUUGUUCAGCAACUUUCAUAUUUUAAGGAAUAAAAACCUGAAGUUCUAAAAAUCUAGUUUAACAAUUUGCAGUAUCAGCACAACAUGUUGGCAUUAAAUAAUUACAAAAUCCUCUCCUCAGCUACUGCAAAAACAAUGUUUGCAUGUGAUCUGGAAAUAUUAUUACAGGAUCAUUUGGGGGGAAAUGAAGUCUAUGACUUCCAAACAGGCAGGAUGAUACUAGACUGCCAGCUCUUGGCCAAUACCAAAAUGGCUAUGUGAAUUUACAGAUGUUUAGGGGUCUUUUGUAAGCAUGUAAUGAACAUCUAAUGGAAACAAUGUAUAAAUAACACUGCUAUGAAUCCUGCAUUUAAUUUAGGAAGUACUGGCAUUGGAUCCUUGCAUUGUCACAGCAGGAACUGUUGACCUACACCCUCCAACACAGGACUACGCCAACCUAGAUCAUCCCACUGAAGUUCUUGUUCACAUGUGACACCUACUGGAGUGUGAGACAAACUAUGAAGAUUAUUCUGGAUCUGCGGCAGAGGAGCGCAUGUUAAAGUGCCCAGCUAAUCUUGCUACAUGGAUAAUACCCUUUCAGCUAGUAAUAGCAAUGUAAUGGAAGGAACACUAUUUAUUUUCCUUAGGGAAUAGAGAGCACAUGAGUCCUCCCCUUCCAUUUACUAAGCCAUUUGGCUGAAAAGAUGCAGGGUGGGGGGAAAAGAUUGUCCUCCAAAAACUAAGCUCUGGUUAGCAGGAAGUCAUGUAUAUAACCUUCCUUGUAUUUCACUGUACAUCUGUUUCUUUAUUGUUCAGGUAUGAAGGAUUCUAGCUUGGUUCUUUGAACACAGUGGUCCAGUUAUUUUGUACUGUUUACAUCUUGAGAGUGGGGAGAUAGUAAUUAGUGAGCCCCACAACCUUUAAAAAAAAAACUGGUAAUUUAAAGCAUUGUUUUUCUGCUCUGCAGAAUUAGGGAUUGGUGGAAGCCCAAAGACUCUCAUCUUACUCUAUUUACAUUUUU